AUGGCCAAACAAAGCCUUACCAUCACAAUCUUUUUCUUCUUCUUCAUGACCCUUUGUUCAACUUGUCCAAUUGAUCAAAAAAAUGCCCUUCUUAAGUUCAAAUCUUCUCUAAUCAACUUGACACUUAACACAACUAAUUUAGAUGUGUUCAUAAAUGGUAUUGAUUCAUGGGAUCACAACAAUGCAUUAGAUUGUUGUCAAUGGGAAAGAGUGUUGUGUAGUUCUAAACCGAAUUCGAGUUCUGUCAUAGGUUUGUACCUUGACACUCUUUUAGUAGUGAUUUCCACAGAUUCCAUGGUUGUUCCAACAAGUGUUUUGAUGCCACUUUUUGGUAUCAAAACUUUGAAGCUCCUUGACAUUUCUUCGAAUAAGAUUCAAGGCGAAAUCCCGGGUUUUGGUUUGGCUAAUCUUACCAAAUUAGCUUAUCUUAACAUGAUGGGAAACAAGUUUAGUGGCUCUAUUCCUAAACAAGUUUUCAAGCUCAAGUCUUUGAAGUAUCUUGAUUUGAGUAACAAUUUUUUGAGUGGGAAUUUGAGUCAUGAAGUGGGGUAUUUGAGAAAUUUGAGGGCUUUGAAGUUGGAUCAAAAUUCUCUUGGUGGAAGUAUUCCUAUGGAGAUUGGAAACUUGAAAAAGCUAGAAGAAUUGUCACUUGGAAUUAACAUUUUUGAUGGUGAGAUUCCAGCCUCAAUUGGAUUCUUGAAAGAGCUUAAGAAGUUGGAUUUGAGUCAUAACCUUUUGUCUAUGGAGAUACCUUUUGUGAUUGGUGAGUUAACUAACUUAACUACCUUGGUUUUGGGUGGUAAUAGGUUGAGUGGUGAAAUCCCAUUGUCAAUAGAAAAACUUGUAAAGUUGGAAACUUUUGAUUUGGAAAAAAACAUGUUGGGAGGAGAGAUUCCAUUAUGGUUGUUUGGUAUGGAGAGUUUAAAGAAUUUGCAUUUGGGGAAGAAUAAUUUGACAUGGAAUGGUGCAAAAGGAUUGGAGCCAAAGUUUCAGCUUUCGAAAUUGUCAUUGAGUUCUUGUAGAGUUGAAGGCGAAAUCCCAAGUUGGAUUUCGAAACAAAAAGGGCUUGAUUUCUUGGAUUUGAGUGAGAACAAGCUUGAAGGUGAGUUUCCACUUUGGCUAGCUGAAAUGGAAGUUGGAGGGAUCAUUCUAUCAGACAACAAACUCAGUGGUUCGCUCUCUCCUCGCCUUUUUGAGUCUAGAAAUUUAUCGGUUUUGGCCUUGUCAAGGAACAAUUUCUCUGGUGAGUUGCCAGAGAACAUUGGUGAAGCCUCAGCUAUCAUGAUUCUUAUGUUAGCUUCAAACCAAUUCUCAGGACAAGUCCCGAAAUCAAUCACCAACAUAUACCGCCUUUUACUAUUGGACUUGUCGAAAAACAGGUUUUCGGGUUCAAAUCUCCCUGCUUUUGAUGAUGAUGCAUUGCUGGCUUAUGUUGACAUCUCUUCAAAUGAAUUUUCUGGUGAGAUUCCAACUACUUUUUCUCAAGAAACAAGGAUUCUUGCAAUGGGAAAUAACAACUUCUCAGGAAGUAUACCGAAAAACUUGACAAAACUCACACUCCUUGAACACUUGGAAUUGAAUGACAACAACAUCACAGGUGAAUUGCCAAGUUUCUUCUCACAAAUCUCCACUCUUGAAAUUCUAAUCUUGCGAAACAACUCGAUACAUGGCUUGAUUCCUCAUGACAUGUUCAACAACCUCAGCAGCCUUAGAAUUCUUGAUGUUUCAAACAACAAACUAGUUGGAACAAUCCCUAAUCAAGACACAAAAAAUCUUCUUGGAAUGAUUAACACCCCGAAGACACUCUCUUCGAUUCGCGAUGUUUUCACCAUCCCAAUCGAGUACAACGAUUUGAUAGUGAAUUGGAAGAGUUCAAAACAAGGCAUCUCACACAACAGCCUCGGUAUCUACUCGCUCUUAGACAUGUCAAGAAACAUGCUUUUCGGCGAAAUUCCAUCCUCAUUAGGCGAGUUAAAGGGUUUGAAGCUUCUCAACAUGUCACACAACAGAUUAACAGGAAAAAUCCCAUCAAGCUUUGGCGAUUUGGAGAGUGUAGAGAGUUUGGAUUUGUCACAUAACAAACUCACUGGUUCAAUCCCACCAACAUUUUCUAAGCUUCUAGAGCUUUCAACUUUGGUUUUGAGUAAUAACUUGUUAAGUGGGAAGAUUCCUCUCGGUGGUCAAAUGGAUACUAUGGCUGAUGCCGCCUCUUAUGCCAACAACAGCGGAUUGUGUGGAAUGCAAAUUCAUGUUCUGUGUUCGGAUCAAAAGCUGUCACCACCGAGAGUAGUAGAGGAAGAACACGACGAAAGUGAUGAUGAAUGGUUUCGAUGGGAAGGAGUAGGGUUUGGAUACUCUGCUGGGUUCUUCAUAACAGUAGGAAUCUUGUACUUUUCGGGUUAUGUUGUCCCCAAAAAAGUGAACAAUACACAAAGAAGGAGAAGAAGAACUUCACAGCAUUGACAUGACAAUAGCUGUGUUUUGCUCUCACAAGGUCUGAGGUUCGAGUUCCUCGAAAUAUUGUAAGCUUAAGCAAGGAGAUUAGUUUCGAAAAUAAAUAUAUAAAUAAUUACAAGCACAAUGUACUUACAGAAAUGGUAUGAUAAACAAGUUCUCAAGGACUUUAGAAAAGGUAGUAUGCACAUUACUAUUAUUAUUAUAAUUUGCUUAAAAAUAAUCAUUCUAUAAAAGAAUGUUUGGUUC